UGGAGGAAGUGGGCCACCUUUGAAUUGGGGUAGCUUUGAAAGUGAGUUUUUUCUUCUACUUCUAACUGAAACAGGGCCUUAUCAAGGUAUAAUUUAACUCCACAUAUCAAUUAUGAAACUAAAUUACAUAAUGAUAAGGUUCCAUUCUAUUUAAAAAUAAGAGAAAAAAACCAAUUUUAAAGCUGCUCCAUUUUCAAGGUGCCCCACUCCCCCUUCACAGAAAAAAAAUAUUUUGUAAAAAUGUUCGUAAAUGUUUGUGAAUUCCUAUGGGGGGUUACGAAAUGCUCAUAAAUCGUAUAACCCACAAACAAGUUCGUAAAAGUUUGUACUUUUUUCACAAACAUUGUUCGCAACAUGAUCACUUGACGAGCAUUUUUUGUACUUUUGCAAACAUUUGUUCGUAAAUGUUCGUAAACACACAAAAAAUGUUCGUAAAAUUUUGUCAUUUGUUCGUAAAUGUUUGUUUUUCUGUCAAACAUUUUACGAAUAUUUUACGAACAAGAUAAUGCAUUUUGAAUAACUCGUACUGAAAAAUUGUAAAAUUAAAUUUUAACACUGAUUGUUAAAUUUGGGUCUAUGAAAAGCUUAAAGGGUUGAAAAGACUGCAGGAGAACGUAUUUUUCAAUCGAAAUGAUUAGGGUUUUUUUUCAUAACAGACAAACUUGAGCUUGUUAUUUAACAAGUGACUUUAUUUACCCGAAAUGUAAUUUCUAUAUAUUUUUUGUAUUUUUUUUAACCCUUUAAGGACGAGAGGGUCAAAAAUCGGGGGUCAGAAAAAAUCACUUUUUCUGACUUUUUAGAGCAAUACACAACUUUAGAUGACCGUAGGAAAAAUUUCAUUUUUGGGUCACCGGUGACCCACUCGUCCUUAAAGGGUUUAUGGAAUAAAAAAAAACACGUUCAAAACAAUUCUGAAUAGGCAAACAUAAAAAGAAAUAUUAAUCGAAAGAAACUUUGCGAAAUACUUAAAAUCGUAAAUGAAACUAUGAUUGCAAUUGUAAAAAUAGUCUAGACUUGCAUUUUAUUUCACUCAUUAGUUUUGCAGUGAUAAUACUUUUUAAGCUAUAACUCUUAUGACGAUUUAUUCCUUUGGCUAUUAUAAUAUUUCUCACACGGUACUAAAAUUUUCACAUGCAUCACUUCUCUAUAUAAUUGGACGCAUCUCCUGUAAAAGUUUCACAUUCGCAAGUUUGCAGUCAAAGCAGCUAAAUCCGUGCUACUUUAGGUGAGAUUCUUUACAAUCUCUUUGUUUUUACAAUGAAAGUUUCACUAUUCUAUACCAUAAUUAUUGGAUUUGUGCUUAAAGUGAGAUUAAUAAAAGGAUUUAAUACAUUUAAAUUUACAAAAUGCGACUACGGUGACAUGAAGUGUGCUGUAAAUUUACAGCAAGAAAUUAUUGAUCAAUUCUGGAGGGGAAAUGAAGAAUUAGAAUUACCACCUCUAGAUCCACUUAGAAUCAAAAACGCUACAUUGGUCCAGCCAAGCAAUGGUGCUAUUAAUUUUAAUUUACAAUUCCGAGACUUCGACUUUCUCGGAUACCGAGAUACACAAAUCACAGAUGUUGUCGGGUGGCCUGAAGACUAUGACGGAACAAAGGCGGAACUAGAAAUAAAAGCACCGAGGUUCACACUUAUUGGACCUUAUAGAAUAAAUGGAAAACUACUACUGUUGGAUAUUAAAGGAUCUGGAACUUCAAACGUCACACUUGAAAACAUUUUGGGGAGGAUGAAAUUUAAAUUGAAGAAAAUUGUUAAAGAUAAUGUGGAAUAUGCUGAAGUGGAAAAACUUAAAUUAAACAUAAACAUUUCAAGAAUGCACAUGCAUUUCGAUCAACUUUUCAACGGAGACAAACAAAUGGAAGAAUAUGGUCAUCAAUUCAUCAAUGAAAAUUCGAAACUUGUCUUUGAAGACAUCAAACCAUCAGCCAUGAAGACUUUUGGACAAAUUUGGCAGGAUAUUCUCAAUCAUAUCCUUAGUAGGAUCCCAUAUAGAUCAUUUUUCAAUGUAUGAACACGAAUGUAAAGAAUGCCUUUCAGAACGUUUAAUAUUUAAUGGGUAUUGAUUUAUAUAAUCAUAUAAUAAUUAUUUUUAUAUUUCGAAGAAAUUUUAAAAUGCUCAUACUAGAAAAAACUAUGUUUUUUAAACAAAUUUAAAGGAACAUUUUACAAAUAGUGAAAAUAAAAAUAAAGUUUUUUUAAA